CAGUAUGCCAAGGGUGAAAGUGUUAAGCCAUCCCUUCGACACACCUUUGCUACUUGACUCGCCUACUCGCUCGCCCCGUUCCAGCCCUGGAAGCAGCACAAGGGGCGAGUCCAGCAGGAGUUUAAGUCCAGCCUCGCCCCAUGCCUGUGACGUGCCUGCCUACCGCCAAAGUGCCUUCACCCAGGUAUAUCGCCGGGAACAUCGGGAGUUUUGCAAAAAUAUGGAGGCGAUGAUUUCCGCCAAUAAUCGCUUCACUCCUUAUCCGAUUUUCCCCAGCGGCUUCCCCGUCCUUCCCAAUUUGUUGCCCGGAUUCUGCCUGUCGUAUGGGGCAGGCGUGCGACGUUUCGAGCAGCACAGCCCCGAACAGGCGCCAUCAUCAGUCGAAAGCAGAAUGGAAAAAAGCCAAAUAGACGAGGAUGUGCCGUUAAAUUUGUCCCUAAAAGGACGAUCGAGGACGCACAGUAUUUGGUCACCAGGGAGCCUGUGCGAACAAGAAAUGAACAAUGUGGCAACAAAAUCGAACGACACCAAAAUGGGCACAAUGCUAAUGGGGCCAGAAAAAACACUCGAUGCUCGAUGGAAAUGGGAUCACGAAAAAGAGUACCAGAACAAGACGGCACACACCAUCGGACCCAGCGGCGAGAAACAAUUCACGUGUCGCCCCCGAAGGGAUCCGGACAACUUUGAUAUUAAACUUCUUCUCUAA